AGUCAGAGUUCACUGCGCAUGUCAAACCACCACGUCAUUCUUUCCUGAAGCUUCCGGGUGCAGACACUUUGGGAAGCCAGAUGUGGUUUUUACCACCAAAGCAUGACAGAGAAGUGAAAGGGAAAACACUAUUUUCACGAUGACUGGGAGGAAGAGUUCUUUUUCACGACAGUGAAAGAUAAAUAUAUGUGUCCUAUUUGCAGGGCGACUAUUGCGUCGGCAAAGCGGCACAAUGUGGAGAGACGCUACUUUAGCCGCUACAAAGCUUCCAUGCUAACUAGCCACCUGGUAGCACAUAGACUGUAUGCACACUACGGACAGAAAAACCCGGGACUUAAAGGCAGCUUUGACAUCUACUGUGGGCUCCUCCAUGACGGGUCGGCAUGCAGACUUCAUUGUACGAUGCAGAGGUGAUCCAGACUUCCCAACAUUCCUACAUUACCACUGCAUCAUUCACCAGCAGGACAUAUGUAUGUACAAAAGUGGCUGGAUUUGAUCAUGUGAUGACUUGUGUCGUGAAGAUCAUAAAUGGCUCCAAAGCCAAACAACCAGGACAUUGAAGGUGCUGCUGGAGGAGCUGUCAGUUGAACAUAGUGACCUGUUACUACACACAGAAACCCCAUGGAUCAGCAGGGGAACAGUUUUGCAGCGUUUUUUGUCACUGUUGGCCGAAAUCAAAGGGUUCAUGCAUCCAAAGGGGAAGACAUCUCGCUGCUUGAGGACACUGAGUGGAUUCUUGCCCUUGUAUUUUUAACGGACAUCACUGGGAAACUGAACCAUCUGAACUGUGAGCUGCAAGGUAAAGGUGAUGGCGCAAAUUUGCUAUUGAGGAAGUUUGUAUCAAACAACGCUCCCUUCGUACCCUUGAAGUUGCUCUUGGGUUCAAAAAGGUUGGUGACCCCUGAUAUAGAAUUUUUCUUAUGACUUUCAAGUAACAGUACAUUUACAUAAAACACGGUAAAUCAGCAGAGAAUCAGUUUCACAAUGAUUAGCCAUUCUUUAACUGUUAAUAUACUUUUUCUUUUUUUGAAAAACAACAUUUCUUCAGAUUUUCUUGAAGGGGACAUUAUGUACAAUUUGACCUUGUUUUUAUUGUUAACAUAUGAAUUGAUACUUUUUCCAUAAUUUUACUAGUUAUUAACUGCAUUUUAACAUAACAGCGAAACUCAGUAACUCAGUUGAUUUUUUUUUUUAAAUACAGUUACAAUUUUUUUUCUUUUUAUCUCUGUAUGUUCCUAAGCUUCUCUGGUCAAGCGGCUCCUUUGAAUUUCUUCUCAUAAAUCCAUUUUGUUUCUUCACUUGUUACGACUUUGAGGCUUUACUCGCUCGCGAGACCUGACAUGAGAAAUUUACGAGGACCUCGAGCGUAAAUGUUUGGAGACGAUCUGAGCUGCUCUGUGAUUGGUCCUCGGGUCUUCAGCAGGACUUCAAAGCCGCAGAGGAGCUACAACUACUGAAGCAGUCAGAGAGGAAACACGCACUGAUCACAUCCAGCCGCACAGACACACACACACACUGUCAGUAACACAUCACUGCUCAGUCCAUGGCUGCUACAAUGCUGGGGGAGGAACCGCGGCUGGGCAGCACCCCGCUGGCCAUGCUGGCCGCCACCUGCAGCAGAAUCGGUGAGCCUAGCCCCUCAUGCUCCCCCGCUCUCUCCGAUGGAGCUCCAGGUCUGAUCAAAGGUUUCCACCCGUGGAAGAGGAGCGCUCAGGGCACCAGCAGCUUGGGUACCUGUCUGACCUCGUUCGGGGUUUCCAGGAGUGGCGGGACCGGACUGACGGAGGCCUCGAGUGCUUUUUCAGUGACAGCUGCCAACUCUCCUUUAGGAAAUGAUUUUUCCAUGUACCACACAGCCGUGCCAUCAGACAACAGUGUUCCCGAUUCCACGCACACACAGCGGCCUGUGUUUCUGACCAAAUUCCCCUCCUCAGUGGAGGGCAUAACGGGGAUAUAUCCGAGGAUGCACGGGCAUCCCUAUGAUUCGUGGUUCAAGCCCGUUGGGGAGGUCGGGAACGGGUCUCCUGCUUGGUGGGACAUGGGCACCAGCUGGGUGGACACACAGAGCCCGGCCGGGCUGCCCUCUCCUCUGAGCAGCUACAGCAACGACUACAGCCCCGCCUUCAGCCCCGGUGCCUCUCAGCACCUGCUCCCCGCGACGCAGCACCUGUUUGACGGCUUCAGGCCACCUGUCCCGACUCCCUACACAGAGUCUACGACCACGGCGGCACCUGCGCUGACGGGAACUCCAGUCGUUUCUCUGCCCGCAUCUUCACGCUCCUCCUCGCGGCGCUACUCCGGUAGAGCCACCUGCGACUGUCCGAACUGCCAGGAGGCGGAGAGCCUCGGUCAGGGAGGCACCAGUCCCCGGCGGAGGGGCUUGCACAGCUGCCACAUCCCGGGUUGUGGCAAAGUUUACGGGAAAACCUCCCACCUGAAGGCCCACCUGCGCUGGCACACCGGGGAGAGACCGUUUGUCUGCAACUGGCUCUUUUGCGGGAAACGCUUUACGCGCUCCGACGAGCUGCAGCGGCAUUUACGCACUCACACCGGAGAGAAGCGCUUCGAGUGCUCCAUCUGCCACAAACGGUUCAUGCGCUCCGACCACCUCAGCAAACACGUGAGGACGCACAGCGCGGACGGUGCCGAGGACGGCAGGGAACUGGGACUCUGUAAAGGAAACAGCGACUCGGACAAUAGCGUCUCCGGCAGCCCGAGCCAGUCUCCCGGACUGAGACCGAACACCGGGGCACCGAGAGCCGUGGAAUAGUUUCCAAAGCGAACAAAGCAACACGUGGGCAUUUGAUUACACUGUUCCAGCCUGAGUAUGUUUUCUUGGACACUUACAAACUGAAAUGGCACUUUAUGGUUGACACUGUUUCCUUACCUCAUCUGUUUUUUCUUAAAAUAUCUAUUUUCUCUACAGUUUAUCAAAACUUGUGUUCUUUAAAGGCAUAUUGUAUACUCAUAAUUUAUUCUGUAAACUUUUUUUUUAAACAAGUAGCCUUACACAACACUCUCGUUAUUUCUUGACAGCAUCUCAUAAAUGAUAUAUUUAAUGUUAUGUUAUCUUAAAAUGUGUUUGGUUGGAAGAAUAAAUUGUUAUAAUUUAUCGGUGCUUGUAAAUUUUUGUUAUACCUGCUAUCAAUAAAACAGGACCAUUUUGGAUUUUCUUA